AGUGGCCAUAGGUGGCCAGGCCUUUUUGUUUUAUCAGCAAAGCACAGCAUGUCUAGUUGUGGAAUACACGCUUCGCUUUUAUGCGUCCUUUUCAUAUGUUACUUCGGGGUUGAGGUACUUGGAUACCGUGAUAAUCAUGGUCAACAAGUCCUCCACAAGCUGGAGAAGCGGUCUGCGCAUCAACACGGUCACCAGAAGCAGGAGGGUCAUUACGUCAAAGGAUUAUGUCCCAAGCCACCCAAGGUUCCAAACGCUGUUGCCAGGUUGAGCAACCAAGGACAGCGUGUGACGUACAAGUGUAGACCAGGCUUCAAGAAUAAGGGGGACGUCAAUUCAAGGUUCUGUGAAGGUGGAAAGUGGUCGUACAGCAACACGAAAUGUGUGGCAAACCGAAUUAUGAAAGCCUCCCAGUACAAGGUAGUAUUCUACACUGCUGCCCAUCGCUGCAGUAAGACUAACCAUGCUGUUAGCUUUACUAUCAUGGGAAAAUAUGGCAAUUGCACUCUGACAAACAAAGGAUUUGGCAACUCGCAGAUCGGAUCACCUAAAGCCAUUUGCAAGACCCAUCUUGGUGAAGUGAAAUCGUUGAAAGUGAGCAUAAACGGUCGAGAUAUGUGGAGAUUCUACAAGAUUUUAGUUUUGGACACCGUCCUCAACAAGACCUACGAAUUCAGAUGUGGCGAUAACAAACACUACAGUUGCAUCUUGGCACACUGCAAGGCAUUUAAUCAGUGGAUUGGAGACAUCCAUAUGCUGCCUUUGAAAGGAAAAUACACCUACACGGCCCAAGUGACAACAGACAUAUCCAAGGGGUCGUACUCUAGGGUCCCAAUGGUGAUGACAAUCAGGACCACGGACGGUCAGGUCUUCAACAGAAGGAUCAAUCAUCCUGGCAUGGUUCUUCAAGGCUGGGGCUGUGACUGCAAGCAAGUACAGAAGAAGAAGGCGGCACUUAACAGCGAGGUUGGUUGCACUUCAGUUGGCAGAGGCAGGCGCCGAAAAAAUCGUAAAAUGCGGCUAUUCCCCUAUCAACCAUUUUACUUCACGACCAAUAAAAAGAUAAAGGGCAUCAAGGAAAUCACUGUUCAAGCUGAUAGGAAGACGACGGAAAAUUUGAAGGACUAUUGGAAAUUUAGGAAGAUUGUAAUACUACGGAAUAAUAAGGAGAGUUGGGCAUUUUAUUGCGAUUCACAUUCCAAGACCACACCUUGCAUGAUUAAAGGAACAAACAAGAUCACACUGAAGCCUGUAAAACCUGCGAGCGAAGUAACGGUUCGUGUUCUUUUCGGAACUGCUAACAAGAAAAUGAAAGGCAAGAACCAUCUAAAAGUCUCCAUCAAGGACGCCCAUGGGGGAUGCAAAUUUACUUGGGCGCCUGGAAGAUAUCCAAAUACGAACAAAAAUCUUAUCGGAGAGACGACGGUUUUGUGUAAUGUGAAGGACAUCAAGUCUAUCAGCCUCUCAAACGCGGGCACCCCGAAAAAGACAGACAUGUGGACAUUUCACCGUAUCAGGCUGACUCUGCGCCUUGGUACAAGGAAAAAGGUAUACGACUUUUAUUGUGGUACUGCUUCAAUUCCAUGCGUACUGGAGAAAAGGAGCAUGGUUACUGUGAUACCACUGGCCGGACCGCAAACCCCGCUUGUUAACUAUAUGAGCAGACACAAUAGUCGUAGGGUGACCGGCAAGGGUUUAAUCGACUUGACUGUGAGUGUCAGAAAAAGUUACCUCGCCAGACGCAGAACGAAGAGUAUCAAAAAGAAGAAAAUCCCCAUAGUGCCAUCUGCAGAGUUUUAUAAGAAAAUGAUCGGCGGUCUUGGUGUUCAGGUCUUCUACGUUCCUCUGAAUAAGUUGCGAAAGUUUGGUUCACCAACGCGACUGGCCUCUUACUUGAGGGGUGCAGCUCAAGUCCAGAUCGGGAUGCGGAGCCCUCAUUCCCUCGUAACUCGAAAGAUGAUGUUCCUUGGACUUUAUUACUACUGCAGAAAGAAGGCAAGCGUUUGUUCAGUGUCCGUCUUCAAAAAGCCGUAGGUUGUCUGUACUUCAUGUGAGGAUGACAGAGAUUCCAGACAGCAACUGAUGUACAAGUUAAUUAGUGCAUAUCUUAUGGCCCGUUUCAGCUGAACGAAAUCCAUUCAAGGAAGCAAUGAGUUUUUGAAAUUACAUAGAUUAUAGCCUUUUUUAUUGCCGAUGUCACCUUUUACCAAAUGAUAAAUGACUCAUGCUAUGUCUGUUCGGUUCUGGGACAUGUAUGUGAUUGUCCACCGUGGUCAUUUCCUUUACCACGUCGUUCGAGUUCAUAUAAUCAUACUUGGCAGAUUCACCCCGUCACCGAAGUAUCAUUUGAUACAUUUGGUCACUGUUUUUCAAUCUGUAUGCCUUCAUUACCACUAUGGUUUGUUUGAAAUGCGUAAUUGAAUGGGUUUGAGUGUGACGCUCUAAUCCAUAUGAAACAUCAGUUGCAGUCAUAUUAAAUGAAAACGAACAUUAAUGAAUAAAAUCUAAA